CAUCUGGGAUUGUGUUAAUAAUGAUGUAAUAUAAAAGUGAGGAUGGAAGUGAUGUUUCUACUUCCUAGCUUUAUAGAGAAUGUUCAUCAAGACUAUGAAUGCUCUUGUGUGUUUGAAAUCUGCUAUUACUUGUUCUUAGCCCGUGAUUCAUACUUUUUCACACAAAUCAUGAAUUUCAGCUUUUAUGUGAAUUAAUGCUCUACCAAGCAUUGCAUAUAAAACUAUAUGUGGUGUUUAAUGGAAUUGUAUGGUCAAAUUCUAAAAUGUUUAGAUUAGACAGUUAAUAUUUCCUUGAUCAGAACUAUGAAAUGCCAAGAGUGUUGCACUUUAGGCAUGUUAUUUGAAGAUUCAGUUGUAAUUCUGAGUGCAAAAUGCAUGAAUGUUGCUACUGGUAUAACCAUAUUUAGGUCUCAGACAGAUAACUUCAUUUUCUUCUCCAAGAGUUGUGACAUUUCGCUCCCUUUUUUUCAAGGAUUUUGAUGGAUUACAAUUCAGAUGAAAAGUCUGACAUCAGUGAUUCUGAGAUUGAGGAGUAUGCAGAGAUACCAUAUGAAUCAUUGAGAACUGGUACAUACAAUGUAUGGAGCAUAAGAGGUGCCCUUAGGUGCCCAUUUUGUGCAGGAAAGAAGAAGCAAGAAUAUGCACUCAAAGACCUGCAUCAGCACGCGUCAGGUGUCGCCAAAGGUGCUGCCCAUCGAAGUGCCAUACAGAAGGCUACUCAUUUGGCACUGGCAAGAUAUUUGGAAGUUGAUCUAGGCUUUGGAUCAGUUCAAGCUAGUCAACCAGCUGAGCCAAAGCCACAACCUGAUGAACCAGAAGAGGAGCUCCUGUGCUGGCCAUGGAUAGGGAUUAUUGUCAACAUCAUGAAUGAGGCAGAGAUUGGUAAGCAAUUGGCUGACAGUGAAUUUUGGAUGAAGACUUUCUCGAAGUACAAGCCGCUGGGAGUUGAGGUUUUUCAGGAUGAAGAAGAACAAACUGCAAAAGCAAUUGUGCAGUUUGAGAAAGAAUUGAAUGGUUACAAGAAUGCACAUGACUUUGAGAAGUCAUUUGAAGCUGAUCUUCAUAGCAAGAAGGAUUGGAUUGCAAGCGGAGGGAAUGUUGGUUCUCAUAUAUAUGGAUGGCGUGCUCGUGCAGAUGACUACAAUGCAAAGGGGAAGAUAGGAGAAUACCUUCGCAAGAACACAGAACUCAAGACAUUUUCUGAGAUUAUUCGGAAGGGGAAACAGGGUAUUGAAACUAUUGUUGUCAGCUUGGCAAAUGAGAUUGAUAUGCAAAAUCAGAAUCUGGUUGAAAUGCAAUCCAUGGUCAAUGAAAAGUCCAUGUCCUUGAAUCGAAUGCUUGAGGAAAAAGAUGAGCUGCUGCAAGCAUUUUAUGCAGAAACCCAGGGGAUGCAGCGAGUGGCUAAAGAUAAUGUUCAAAAGAUGUUACAAGAGCGAGAAAAGAUGUUCCACGAUUUGGAGUCUAAGAGGAAAGAGCUUGAUCAGCGUACCAGCGAAUUAAGCAAGCGUGAGGCUUUAACUGAGCUUGAAAAGCAGAAACUUGAGGAGGAGAAGCGACAGAAUGCUGAAAGAAAUAAUUCACUAUACAUGGCUUCCAUGGAGCAGCAGAUAGCAGAUGAAAAUGUAUUGAGGCUUGUCAAACAACAUAAGAGGGAGGAGGAGGAAGCCUUGAAAAAGAUUCUACAGUUGGAAAAGGAGCUGGAUGAGAAGCAGAGGUUGCAGUUGGAGAUCGAGGAGCUAAAAGGAAAAUUAGAAGUUAUGAAGCAUCUGGGAGAUGAUAAUGAUAUUGCAGUAAAGACGAAGAUGAAGGACAUGGCUGAAGAGUUGAAUGAUAGGAUUGAUGAACUGAACAAUUUGGAAGCUUUGAAUCAAACUCUCAUGGUCAAACAACGACAGAGCAACGAUGAGUUACAGCCAGCUCGGGCUGAAUUAAUUGCAGGUCUGCUGGAAAUCCUGCAGAGUAAUCGCACUAACAUUGGGGUCAAAAGAAUGGGGGAAAUUGAUGAGAAGGCCUUUGUAAUGCAGUGCAAGAAAAAAUAUAAAGGAGAUGAUGCCCUAAUAAAGGCAAGUAAGGGAUGCUCGUUGUGGCAGAAAUACUUGGGAGAUCCAGCAUGGCAUCCUUUCAAAAUUAUAGAGACUAAUGGAAAGAAUGAGGAAAUAAUCAAUGAGGAAGAUCAGAAACUGAAAAGGCUCAAGGCGCAGUGGGGUGAUGAAGUCUAUAGAGCAGUUACUGUUGCCCUGCAAGAGCUCAAUGAAUACAAUCCGAGUGGGAGAUAUGUGGUCAAUGAGCUCUGGAACUACAAGGAAGGGCGAAAGGCUACAGUAAAGGAAGUUGUAAGUUAUGUCUUUAAGAAUCUGAAGGCUCUGAAGCGCAAGAAGUGAAGUUGCUAUCUCGAACAAGUGCAGUGUAAGUACACCAGCCUAACUCAGGUUUCUAUUUUUGCUGUGUCGCUGUAUGCCAUUCCCUGUGUGCAGCUUGCAUGAUAUGAUUAAAUUACUUGGAAGUAAUUCUUCCUUAGGUGAUCAGAAGCCUGAUAAGUGCCUGAUAAGCUGUGACAUUGAAGAGCGCAAAAGGAUGAACAGUCUAGAACUAUGUAUUUGCUUCCUGGCCAUAUUUCUGUUACCCGUUUCUCAGGAUGUUUUUCUGGCUGUAGGAUGUGUCCACACUGAUUAACAUUGAUAAAAUUACCACGUAAAUCAACCAAUUCUUAUUAAUGCAACCAUUCUUCUUGAAUUGACUUGUCUGCUCAUUUUUGCUUCUCCCUUUAUCUUAUGCUAUUAGUGGCUGAACAUUUUGAUACUGAUAUUCCACCAAUUCUUAUCAGUGGAUGAAUACAUUAUGUACUCGAUCAAGGCCCAAGGAUUGAUUUGAGUGAUAAUUGCCAACACGAAGGGGUGGUUCUUGUCCUAGUAAAUUUAAGAUUGCAUUCUUGUAGGAAUAUUUGGUUCAAUAUGCUUGAACUUCUUAAGUAAGUGAUUUCGAAUAUCUAAAAAAAGAACAUAGAAAUUUUAGGCGAACAUUAAAGGAGUUAUUCAGUUCAGCUGGUUCUUUGGUUAUUUACGUCAGUCCAAGUGUGACUAAAGUUGUCAUGGAGUUAAAACUUCGACUUAAAUUCUAGCUUUGUUUAUUUGAGUUGUUUGCGUUGUUGCAUGCAUGCAUGCAUACAAUACAUCAACAACAGCCACCACGUAGUAUGGAUCCUUCCGUAGAAGAUCAGUUUUGCAGAUCAAGUGCAGGAAACAAAACUAUAUCUUGCUCUGAAGAAAUGUACUCUUUGCAUUAGCCAACUUUUUACCUAAUUCGAAUCACUUCAUAAUAUUUUCUAAUAGAAGUAUGUAAUUAUGCAGGUGAAUGACCAGGCUGAUUUUUUGGUUGAUGAUUCUGAAGUGUUACCUAGAAGUUUACAAGAAAUGGCGACAAUGUUUUGUGUUUGUAAAUGAUGUAAGGAUGGUUGUUUUAUUGGCUUUGGUGGCUAGCAAGUAGUAACUAAGUAUUUAAUCUAGGUAUAUCAUAAUAUAUGCUAUACUUAUCAUAGAUCUAUCAACAUAUAUACAACAUACAAGUUGUUUUUGAGAAGAUUGACAACAACUCAUUUAUGAUAGAGUACUUGAUGAUGCAAAAGAUUUUGGUGGUA